AUGACAAAUGAUAUAGAAAAACAGACAAUUUGUGCCGGAAAAAUCAAUCCAUCGGCAUGCCAUAAAUACUAUUACAGUGAUGUCAUUAUCUACAGACCGGGGGCCGGAAAUCCACAGCGUAACAGUGGGGGACAUUGUCAAACCCCUGAACAAUGUGCUGGCUGCAACGAUGGUUUUUAUGCUGACCGUGCUUACUGUCGUAUGUGUCCACCUAUAACUCAUUGUAAACACAGACGUUGUACUAGUAUACCUAGUAACCACUGCGAGUAUUGUGACGGGGAAAUUGUAGACAAACUGUACUGGAGAGCGUAUACCAGACAUAGAGAUGCUAAUGGCAACAGCGAUCCACAUUUCAAGAAUUGCAUACAAACUUGUUCAUGGCGUGCAGACAGCAAACGAUGUUACCCAGGAACAUGUAGCAAAGAAAUAUCAACGUCUUGUAAAUGUCUAGAUGGGUUCGGUGGUCCUGAUCAUAACUGCGAUCAUAUAAUUCGGGAUUCAACUAUUUCAUAUGCUACUGCUAAAUUGAAUAGUUCAAAUCCAAGUGACGAUCCCGUUGAAACUCCCAUUGAUCCGAAUGACCCAAUACCACGUGAGACAAAAUGGACAAAUCAUAUUAUGAUAAACAGAGCGUAUUUAGAGGUUACUGCUGUGUUCAAGGUUAAUGAUACGCCACCUGCACCUGAUCAAACAGGAAGAAAUCAUUUUAUCACAGAAUUUAAAUACGGAGUUCUCGCUGGAACGAUGAAGCUCACACUAUCAACAAUUCAACUACAAUGGAACAACUGGAUUGAUGACUUAGCUGGUAUAGGGAGUUACUACUAUGAAGUUUUUGAACUUGGUAAUGAUGGAACGUCAUUGUCAGAAGAUCAAGGAACGAAGAUUACAGAAGCAAAAAAUUUAUCACGUACAGAUUUAUCGAGUGAGUUUUCAGUUACAAAAAUAGGAAUGUACUCUGUAAUAUUCACGGCUAUCGACAGAGCUGGAAAUGAAAAAUCAGCAAGAACGUUUUUCCUUUACGAUGACAACUCCCACGUUGAAGUUGAGGAUGGUAAAACUAUAAGAGUGCAGCAGUCAACGAAAGAUACAAAGUAUGUAUGGGUGGAUGUUGAUGAUCCUAUACUGAUAGUGAACUGGCCUGGAAGAUUUACAAAUGAGAUGCAUUAUAAACAGUUGUGGUUAGAAUCAGUAAAACCAAGGAAGCAUGUUGACCCUGAGUAUGACGAUCAUUAUGGUAAACGUAAAACAACAACUGUUCCUCAUCGUCAAGGUAUUGUUAGAUAUGAAACUCAAUUUAUAGUUCUUUCCCCUUCAAUCACACAGAAAGUUAGUUUUGUCAGUACUAGUAAUGUCAUGGAGGAGGCUACAUCACUAUCAGUAUCAUGGAAUGAUGGUGACAAGUUAGACAUCACCGUUCGAGCUUUUGAUAUCUUUGAUGUAUACAUCGAUGACAUGGUAACAGUAUACAAGGACAUAAGCCCACCUGAAAUAGAAAACCUUUGGUUGUCCAAUGGAGACCGAGUAAAUGUUUCCGUCCAUAGUUUUGAAGAUUUUGCAAAAAUGACGAUCGAAUGGAAUGCGUUUGACUAUCACAGUGGAAUAGACAAUCUAGAAUGGAGAUUAUAUGACAAUUACACUAAAACUGAUAUUGUCCAUGGUCACGCAAGCUUACAUUCACAAGGAAAUUCAGAAAAUAUAACAGACUGUCAAUACAAAUAUGGCGAUGCACCAAGAGGACCAUCAUGUUACUGCACAUCGUUUCAUGGAUGCUUUCAUAAACAUUUCUACGUCAAACCUAAGAUAAAUAAACUAUCUGGUCUGGUUACUGGGAAAGACAAAGGUGUUCAUGAUUCAGAUUAUUACAUCGAAAUUACUGUUGUUAACAAGGCAUUGCUUAAAACUACUGUCGUGAAGAAGAUAACAAUAGAUGUUUCCCCACCACACGAAGGGUAUGUUCAUGAUGGUAUUAGAGGAGAUCCUGAAAUUGAUUUCCAACAAGAUUUACAUAUAGAUGCUCAUUGGGAAGGAUUUUUUGACAGGGAGAGUGGUGUAGAAUUUUAUCAAUAUAUCUUUUGUGGUCACUGCUUAAACAACGACGAAUUCAAAGCUAAUAACGAGACAAAAGAAACCUACAAUAUGUUUGCAUCAUUUGAGGCUUCUACAGAGGGAACAUAUUUCGUUUCUGUGGUUGCUGUGAACAGAGCGAAAGAAAAUUCAAAUGUUGUCUGCUCUGAUGGUGUUACUAUAAUGACAACUACGCCAUAUAUACAAGAUUUUGUGAUGUCAGGUGCUAAAACAAGACCUAGAUUAAUAAGAGAUAAUGAUGGAAAUAUUUGGUUCUUGGAUAAUAUUCUACAGAGACAUUUUGUACAGAACAUAACCUCUAGCUGCAUAGUGACGAACCUCGAAAAUGUAACCAUUUUACCACUAGGAAAACCAGUAUCGCAGAAUGCAGUUCGGCUUUGUGGCAUGAAAAAUAACCUUCAUAUACUUGCUGUCGUAUCCAAGGAAAUUCAGUUCAAAAUGUCUUGGAAACCAGCUAUUGAUGCCAAUUUGAUUCACGAUUAUGAAGUUGGAUUGUCAUCUACAGAAAACAGCAUUGCUCCAGAUAUAGUUUUAUUUCGAACAACAAAACAUCAUACUCACUUCCGGCUUAAUCACCCAGAUGUCCCGGAUGGAAAGGAGUUUUAUAUCAUAAUUAAAUCUAUCAGUAAAGCAGGAGUUGAAGGACUACAGAGUAUUGGUCCAUUUAUUGUUGAUACAACAAAGCCACAAUUUUCUGGCUCUAACAUAGAUGUUAACUUGAUAAACGAUUUUUUAAUUGCAAACUGGACAGCAGACGCUUUCGAGGACCCAGACGACCCGUAUCCAAUGUAUUUCAAGUAUGCCGUUGGACAUAGACCGAACAUGUACGACAUCCAAUCUUUUCAAAAUUUACAAUUUGGUGGACCAUGUAAACGAACCGUACCAGCCACGUGCACAGCCUUAUCUGUAUCACACCUGAAAUGGUCACUUCAUGGUCAUCAUGACUACUACUUUACCAUCAAAGCUACAAAUCUGGCAGGGCUAUCCGUUAUUCAUUCAUCAACAAGAUAUACCCACGAUAUUCAGUUACCUGCUGAAGGAAUAGUUAUGGAUAUUAUACCCACUUCAAACCUUCAAAACGAGGCCAAGGAUAUCGAAGACAGAGAUUUCACACAAGAGACAAUAUCACUGGCAGUGAGAUGGUCAGGUUUUGUACACCCUCACCAACAUGUUAAUUACAGUGCUUGUAUUGGAACAGUUCCCCGUUCCUGUGAUACCUCGGCAAUGAAAACAUUGGAGACUUACAAUAGUUACACCUUUACAGGUCUUAAUCUUCAACCAUUUCAGAAAUACUAUGUGACCCUAGAAGCAGGUACAACAGGCGGUAGUGUAAAAGUCAGUUCAGAUGGUAUUAGAGUCCUUGAUAUCCACACAAAUUUAACAGGCAUUGUUAUAAGAGAUGGCAACAACUGUUCAGUGGCACCAGACUUAAAGCUGAGUCAUCAUAGCAAGGAUACGCGGCCUACUUGUGUAGAGGAUGUAGAAUUUCAAUCUUCAACAACGAGUUUACAUGUGUAUUGGUCGAUACCAUCAAUGUAUACGGAUUACAUACGAGAUGCAUUUGUUCAACUUGAAGAACGAGUAUUUGGAGAUAUAUGGAAGGAAAAUAGGGAGUUUCAGUAUGUAGGAAAACACCAAUAUAUCACGUUAAGUAAUUUAGAUUUGGAACCAGGAAAGACAUAUAGAGCUGUUGUUAAGUUUUGUGCAGAGGACUUGUGUUUCCCGCCAGUAUAUGGCAAUGGUCUUACUGUCAUAGUCAAUUCUCCAUCUAGUGGCAUCAUCACUGUUCACCAGGUUGAUGAACCAAACCUUCACCAGCUUUCAGUAAUAUUUGAGAGAAUGUACGACCCUGAUAUAAAAGACCACACCGAGGCCCAAAGUGUUGUUGAUUAUUAUGAAUGGGCAUUAGGAGACAACGUUGGUAUUCAUACCAUAUGGAAUGAGAUUGACAAUGCUACUGUCGUUGAUAUGGAGCAUAUACAAUUCAUUGUACCAUUGAACUAUAGUUUGGAUUUUUCAAAAUGCCGCAAGAUAUUCAUCAGGGGUUACAAUAAGGCUGGCAUUUGGUCUACAAUUUCCACAGAGAUUAAAACAUGCCGCGUCGAUGAAGGUGAUUCUCUCAUUGUAUCAAAUGUUGUAAUUGAUGCGAUUGGACAGCAAGAGACUACAAUGGAUGGAGCAAAGCGGGAUAGCUACGGGCAUGAUAUUUAUCUACAAGAGAAUGGCAGAUGGGACGAGUCUGAUGUCGACUAUACACCGUAUAAAAAUAUUAUCUCAGGAGUGUGGCCAUUAUUACGUCACAAGAACUACACAUGGGCUGUCAUCGACUCUGAAAAUUUAGAUAUCACAAGUUACUAUAAAGAUGAUGACAAGCUACAACUGAAGGAUCCCUGUUCACAUCCUGAUUCUAUUAAAUGCGGAUUUACAGACAAAGAAUACGUUAACGUUAUAUUCAAUUCAAACGAGGAAUUAGAACAUGGAAAACGAUACCUUGUUUGUAUUCAUGCACCAAGAACAGAGAUACAAUACGAGAAAUGGACAGAGGUUUUAGAAGAAACAAAUACCUGUAGUGAUGGAGUUACGGUUGAUUUAACACCACCUACUCCAGGUCACGUGUGGAUUGGUAUUGAUCCCGAUAGGAAAUAUCAGUCAUCGUCAUCCGAUAUUUUCGUCAGCUGGGAUGCAUUUACAGAUGUGGAAGAAUAUAAAAAGACUGUCCAUAGUUCGGGAAUUAAAGAAUAUCAAAUUGGAAUAGGAUCAACGAAAGGAGGAACAGAUGUAUUUCCAUAUACAACAGUCGGACUUGUCAACCACUACACAAUACAUGAUGUGCGGUUACAAAAUGGGCAUGAAUACUAUUCCACUGUUAAAGCACUCGACUUUGCAACUCGAAGCGCGAUAGCAGAUUCACAUCCAGUGAAAAUUGACGCCACACCGCCAGAAAAGUCUGACAAACCAAUAACUAUUGAGGGGCGGCAUAUGUCUGAUAUGAGUGAAAUCAAUGCUUGUUGGAGAGAUGUCUUUUUAGAUAAGGAUAGUGGAAUUGAUCAUUACCUUUGGUCAGUAGGUUCUCAUCCUGGACAUGACGAUAUUAUACCAUUUACAAAGACUACACUAGAUUGUGGGGUAUCAGCUGAAGACACAACAAUUGAUAUUCAUGAAGGUCAUGCUUACUUUAUCACCGUUAAGGCUGUUAACAGAGCAAACCUUAUCAGUACAGCCUCGUCCUGGGCUUACAUAUAUGACAUGUCACCCCCAGUUGCUGGACAUGUAUAUGAUGGAAGACUUGAAUCAGCUCUGUCAUAUAUGAAGGAUAUAGAUUACCAAACAGAUGUGAAGACUCUUUCGGCCUACUGGGAAGGAUUUCACGAUCCACAUUCUACAAUUAAGGCGUAUUAUGUCAGCAUUGGGACCUGUCCAGAAUGUGAAGACUUAUUAGUCAACCAGGAUAUUGGAAUAACGUAUAAUUACACCUUAUGUCAUAUGCAUUUGGGAUCAGGCAUUCGAUACUAUACAACUAUCACAGCAUGUAAUACAGCUGACAUGUGUACAUCUGUGACGUCAGAUGGUGUUAUUAUUGACAACAGUCCACCAACUCAAGGAAUAGUACUAGAUGGUGUAGAUGUGUAUGACUUGGAAUAUCAGUCAUUGAGGCGUUACCUUUCUGCUAAAUGGUACGGUUUUACGGACCCUCAGUCGGGUUUAGACAGAUUUACAUGGAGAGCCGGAACGAAGCCUGGUCAGGAUGAUAUUGUCAAAUCAACACACUUACCACAGACUGAUAUUCUAGUUGAACCAGAUCUUUCACAGAAACUGCCAAUAGGACAGCGUAUUUACAUUACAAUAAAAGCUUACAAUAAAGCAGGAUUAACUACAGAGGCGACAUCAAACGGGUUCUACAUUGAUAACUCACCACCGUCAAUAAAGGUUAAACCGUACUUAUCUGCCGAUGUUGGUUCAAUAAAAGAUAAUUCAGUUGUAUUUAGGAGUACUGUUAAAAUCCAGUGGGAGGUAGAAGACAAAGAAUCGUUCAUACAACGCCAGUUUUUAUCAAUUGCAUCACAUAAAGGAGGAGAAUUUAAUACAUCUUCCACUGAGUUGAAUGGUAUAGUGAGAGAGUAUACAUUUUCACAACUUGAUUUACAUGAUGGUGGGAAUUAUACAAUAAAGCUUAUAGUUUGUAAUGGAGCCAAAGUAUGUGUUGAAGACGAAUCAAGAGGAAUUAUAGUAGACAGCUCACCCCCUACACCAGGUAUGUUUGCUAUCAAAACUGACCAUGCAGCAAAUCUUCAUCGUCAUGUAGAUGGUUGGAUGACUUGGUCAAGGUAUAAGCUUUGGGUAUCAUGGUUAGGAUUUACAGAUCUUCAUACUGGAAUCGAGAAAUACUCUGUAUCUAUCGGUAGCAAGUACAUGAUGGAUGAUUUUAAUAAGAUAUCUGGUUCACCACAAGAGUUCAUGCAUAAUCAGUCAGGAGUUGAUAAACAGGAUGAAGGAUUUGUUCAAACAUUCGAAGUUGAUACGAAAAAUCUGGCAAAGUUUGAAAACGUUUUUGUAAGCGUCUGGGCUGUAAACCAGAUUGGAUUACAAAGUAAAAUGAUACAUUCUCAAUUUAAACUUGUACCUGGUGGUUCGUUAGAAUUGAUAAGGAGAUGUGCAGCGGUCACGUGUGAGGGACAUUGUGUAUGUGCUGCUCAAGGACAACGAUGUUCAAAAAGGCCAUGCCAUGAUGUUACUAAAGCAAACAACAACAACCUACUUGGCAUAUAUGACAUUACAAAUAUCCAGGAAUCUUCUCCCUUUAGCGACAUGAAGUACACGCCAUCAAAUGUUGCUCUGGCUGCCAAAUGGCAUGUUAUACAAGCACAAGGAUUGCGGCCUCUAUGGUAUGAAUGGACAGCAGGAUAUUCAGAUAAAGAUGAACCAGAAGGAAUCUUUGAUAAUUUGAACGACGAUGUAUGGCAUCAUGCAGGACAAACGAACCAAGCAAUAUUGAACAUUAAACGAGGUCAACAGUUAAAAGAAUCACCAGUAUCGUAUGCAAUGUUUGUGAGAGUAUGGUACAAUGACGACACGUAUGCAGAUUUUAAAACAGAUGGCAUAUUAGUUAUGUCAACUCCGCUUCCCAGGCGAAAAAUCAAAGGAUCAGCGGUCGUGGAACAAAUACCUGGUCACUGGAAGAAGGAUGUUGAUUAUCUCAAACCUGGAGCUCCAUUCACAAUCCGAUGGACAAAUGUGUUUAAGGAUGAUGCUAAUAUCAUUGACAAGUUUAAAGUGUAUCUUAGUACAUAUCCAGGAGGUCAUGAUAUACAUGAAGUAGAAUUGGAUCUACCAGGAUCAGUAACGUCUCAUAACAUCAGCAGAGUGCCAUUAUCUCCAGGGAAAGUUUUUUACAGUAAUGUUGUAGGAUACAGUUACUCUGGUAUCCAUGCUACUGAAUCAUCAGACGGUAUAAUGGUUGACUCUCAGCCACCAGUAACUGGUACUGUUUUCGAUGGUAUUGGGAUUCACGACACAGAAUAUCAGAAUAAUUCAAAAUUGGUCGGAGCUUCGUGGCAUGGGUUUUCUGAUCGAGAUUCAGGAAUAACAAACUACAUGUGGUGUGUACAAACUAAAUCUUCCUCUGUGCCUUGCGACAUUAAAGACUGGGAAAAUGUGGGGAUUCACCAUUCUGUGUCCAGGGUUAUUAACAGUUCACACAUACAUACAGGAGAGGAAGUUGAAAGUCUAGUGUAUGCAUUAGACGGUAUUGGAUAUAGAUCCAAAACAUCGAAAUCAAAUGGUGUCGUGAUUGACACUACACAUCCAGAACCAACACUUAUGGAACAUUUGGAUCAAAAUAUUGCAGCAAAUCCCUCGUUUGAAGACAUAAAUGGUCAAGCAAUUGAUUGGGAUAAUAUAACCAAUGUUAAUUUUUGCAACAACAUUGUGUAUGCUUUACAAUGGAAUAACUCUUUAGGAAGUUGUGUAGGAGUUUUAAAAUCUGGUAAAAAUGUAGCUAUAGACGGGAGGUCAUUUAUAUUUGUUGAAGGACAGAUAUCACAGUCAUUGAAAAAUUUAAAUGUUGGACAAUUAUAUCGCGUGACUUUUGUAACAGCACAUCCUCCCAUUCUUGGUGCUGUUUUGGCAAAUAAAGAGGGAUAUAUAGAAUUUGGUAAUUCAAGGCACAUCUUUAUGGUCUAUACAAAACAAGAUAAACACGGAAGUGCGUCGAAAGAUUUAAACUGGCACCAUCACACAUUCUACUUCCGUCCUUUCAGAACGGCAGAAACAAUCAUUCUUGGCAGCAUGACUGGAAAUACUGGUAUUCUUUUUGAUGACUUGAAAAUCCAGGAAACUUUUCUCCAUAAUCAUGAUGAAGUCAAAAAAAAUGGCAAACAUAUUCACGCUCACGUGGUGGCUUUACAUCAGUGGUCAUCAAUCCAUGCCUCCUGGAGUUUUGUUGAUUUAGAAAGUCCUAUAGUAGAUUAUAUGUGGGCUAUAGGCUAUACAGAGGGAAGUACAGAGGUCCAAGGUUUUACAAGUGUUGGUUUGAAUAACUUUGCCUAUAAUUACAAUGUCAGUCUAGCUCAUACGUCAGUCAUCCAUAUCACUGUUAUAGCUACAAAUGCUGCCGGAUUACGGAGAGAAGCGCACGCAGAGGAUCUUCUCGUGGAUUUAACAGCACCAGAUAUAAGAUUUGUUAAUGAUGGGAUAGGUUCUGAUAUUGAUGCACAAACUACAGAAGAAGUAUCUGCCAACUGGGAUGUAGAUGACGCUGAAUCCGGAAUAGAUGUCUGUGAAUGGGCAGUUGGUUAUCAACCAUUUGGGAAUGAAAUUCAAACUUUCCAGUCAUUAGCAAGUGGAGUGAAAAUAAUAUCAAAAGUAUUCACAAGCAGCCAAGUGUCUAUGCAGAUGAUACACGUGACAUUACGAUGUAAAAAUGAGGCAGGAUUGCAGUCCUCAAAGUCGUCAAAUGGUGUUAAAAUUUCAAGUCUCCCGCCACAUACAACAUCUGCCGAGGUACAAAUUCUACCACAUUCCUUAACGGAAUACAAUCCAAGAAAUCAUUAUCAAGGAGACACAUCCUCUAUCAGGGUAAAAUGGACAGGGUUUGAGGAUUUGACAGGUCUAGAUUCCUACCUACUGACCUUUCAAAGCCAUGAUAAAUCUACACAGAUUUCUAAGUCAAUCAUUGCCGAAAACCAAGAUAUGUCCUAUUGCUUGUUGGAGGGAUUGGCUAUAUCAAAUGGAAACUAUUCAGCCAGUGUUAAUGCAGUAAAUAAAAUGUACUUACGGAGUACUCGAGUGUCCUCACAAAUUGUAGUUUCUCGAAUAUCGCCAUUGCUAAUAGAGAACCCAAAUUUACAACUUGAUUUAGAUAACCGUACAAUUACAGCCACAUGGAAAGAUCAUUUCAAAACACAGCAGCCAAUAUAUUAUGAAGUAUCGGCAGGAACUAUUUUAGGGGGCGCUGACAUUAUACAGUGGCAGGAAACCAAAAACACAUUCCUUGAAUUCCAGCUUCCUCCAAAGAUCAAAUCAGUAAAGGCUUUAACAGGAUACAUAUCAGUUCGAGGUGUGUCCGCCAAUGGAAUGACAACGUUAGUUAAUGCAGCUGUUAAACUCUGAUAAUUGACAAUGUGUAAUGCUGAUGCCGUCCUUUAUAAUUGCUGUGAUAUAUUUAAUUUUGAUUAUAUUGAUUUUUGUUAAGGUAAUUUUUAUCAUGAAUUCUUGCAAAUACAUUGAAUGAAUUAUGUAAAUAAAGUAAAAAAUUAUCUAAAACUUUAUUAUAAUAAUUGUUUUGGUUUGUAGCAAAAUAUCACUGGCAAAUGUAUAGCUGUAUAGAAUAGUAUCCAUGAUAGGCAAUGUAAUUACAAACAUUAAAGUUAUGACUAUCACAGACAUGUCAGAAAGCUGUAA